AUGGCGCAAAUGUCUCCCUCGCCAUGCGCCUUCCUCUUUAUUCUACUGGCCUACCCUCUGAUUCUAUUGGAGUCAGCUUCCAAUGACAUUAUAAUUACGUAUAAACAAUGCUAUGCAGUUACAGCACAGUCCACAUACACAAGGAAGGCCUUGACUGGCAGUGAGGUCACACUUCCCUGUGACUAUGAUCAGACAGUACAUGGGGACUGGUUCCUUGUCACCUGGAGUGUGCUGAUCGGUGGAACCUUUCAAAACCUGUAUGUGGGGUCACCAGGCAGCACAGGCAACUCUGUAACACCACCAGCUCAGUUUGCUGGACGGUUAGCGAUAGACGGAAUUUCGAACCUGAGACUGACAGGUGUCACCAUCGCUGAUGAAGAUGAGUACAGGUGUAUUGUCACAGCACAAACCAGCCCAACUACACUGGUCAAUCUACAUGUUUUCCACCAACCACCAACAGCACCUAUUGUUCAAGCCCAGUUUGACCCCCCGACCUCCAGUAUCUUUGAGGUACCACUCAACACCGCCGUCACCUUCACCUGUACCAGUACAGGGGGGCGGCCACCUGCCAGUCUUCGCUGGACUGUCACAGAAAGUGGCACACCGGUGUCUGUAAACCCCACAUACACAUCCUCUAAUAACUCCCAGGGAGUUGGAGACGCCACAUCAACAUUCAACUUUACUAUAACAAAGUACGGAGUGACGUACAGGGUACAGUGUACAGCUUCAGGACCAGAUCCUAUCCAGGAUCGACGUACACCCGUAACCAGCCUCACUACAGAGAAAGGGCCAGAUCCUACCCAAUCCAGGACAUCAGCUGUAACAAGCUUCACUACAGAACCAGACUAUUUCAUCCCUACUACACCAAAGGGGCAAACAGGAGUUGUCACCUCUUCCCACACUCCAUCCAACUCACCAGGUCCUGACGUCUCAAAAACCCCACAAACAGAGGCAAGUUGUGCCGGACCCAGAGUCUUGGCUGGAGCUGCAGUUGGAUGUUUUAUCGGCGGGUUACUAGUAGGGGGCGCUGCAGUGUUCCUGUUUCUACGUUACAGGACAGAAAAGAAUGGUGGCAAGAAAAAAGACGUCGGCGCUGAAAAACAGUAUGAAAAUGUGGUACCAUCAAGCAUGUCAAGAGCGGCGUCACAGCGACCCGGAAACGGAAGUGACGACUACGAAGUUCCCAUGGAAACGAUCCAAACAUCAUCCCAACCACCCCAGCCUACUGGUGACUACCAGGAGCCGAGGCCUGCCAUCUACCAGAGUCUGCAGAAACCCCGAAUGGACCGAUUUCAUAGCCCCGCCCACCUCCGUCAUAACGUAGAAAUGCGACAUAAAAACACAAUUGAUAUUUGAUGGACACGCAGCCACACCGUUAUUGUUAUUGUUCAUGCCAUCAUUGGUUGAACUGCUAAUGGAUAGUCAGCAUCGCUCUAUAGACCAAAUGUCGUAACGUCACUUCGUACACUUCAGACGUGUGAACAGGAUGCAUUGCUUGAUUGAUAAAUGGUUUGAUUUGUUGACUUAUAAUUAUAUAUAAGCACUUGUAUUAACGCAGAAUGCCUUAGUGAUGAUUUUUUUUGAUAACUGGUAUCAGAUAUUUUGCUACGACAAAAUUCUUAAAUUUGUGUAAAUAUGUCGAUGACUAUUAAGGGUGGUUUUUUAUUUCCUUUUGUGACACGGUCAUUUACUAUUGUAAAAAUUGGUAAUGGUGGAUACGAUUAAAC